AUGGCAAAUGAAUCGAUCUCCAACGCCACUUGUCACCGUUACGUGGACGAUCAUCCGGAUCUGACCAAUGAGCCGUACAUCAUGGUGAUCUUCGCAGUGCUCUAUGUUCACAUCUUCAUAUUAGGCAUUGCUGGAAACGUUGCCGUGUUAUAUCUGACGUUGAAAAAUCGUCAUCUGCAAUCGGUUCAGAAUAUUUUCAUUCUGAAUUUGUCCGCAAGUGAUGUGUUGAUGUGUUUGAUAUCUCUGCCAAUCACUCCGAUCACUAACGUCUACAAGACGUGGCUCUUCGCUUCGCCAGUCUGCAAGCUGAUUCCGCUAGUGCAGGGAGCAUCAGUCUUGGUAUCGACAUUCUCACUUUCAGCUAUCGCACUCGAUCGAUAUAAUCUGGUGGUACGACCGCAUCGACAUCCCUUACGGUCACGAGGUGCGUCCGUGGUCGCGCUGCUACUGUGGAUCGUCUCGGUUCUAGUGUGCAUGCCUUACGGUUGGUAUAUGGAUGUUGUUCAAAUUGGAGGAUUAUGUGGAGAGUUCUGCACAGAAAAUUGGCCUUCACCAGAAGUACGUAAGUGCUAUGCUUUCAUGGUUUUGGUGAUGCAAUUCAUACUACCAUUCGCCACUAUGGCUGUCUGCUACUACACGAUAUUCGCCAGGCUCAGAGAAAGAGCCGUGUCCAAAUUAAAGAGGCUUAACGAGCGUACGCAGUUGAUGGAAUGUUCUGUCGGAAACUCGUCUCCAUCAGUGAAAAAGGUUCUUACGUUUGAAGAGCAGCAACGUCUUUCGGUGCUCACGUCUCAAAGAAGAACCACUAUGAUUCUGCUGUCCAUGGUGCUGCUGUUUGGCUUUAUGUGGCUUCCGCACAACGUCUACUCGCUAAUCAUCGAGUAUGAUGACGGGUUCUUCAACAAUGGCGAACGUGACAACACUUACAUCGUUUCUAUGAUAGCUCAUCUUAUUUCAAUGACGACAAAUGUGGCUAAUCCCGUCCUGUAUGCAUGGUUAAAUCCGUCCUUCAAAGAGAUGCUGCUCACGUCAAUCAGAGGAAGACCUCUUCCCGAUACGAGUUUUAGACGACUCAAAGCGCGCCAUCCGUUGUCACUUUACCGAAAACAAUAA